UGACGGAACUAUACGAUGUAACGCAAUCGACACGCCUAAAGAACGGUCGCCUUCUAACAACUGCUACACCAACGAGGUUCAACUUUUGUGAUUAAUCUCAUCUUGUGGUCUGCUCUUGGGCUUCCUUUGAAGAGAGUUUCUUCAACAUGAAUUCCAGACGCGGGAAAAGAGCAAGACCCGCCACGGUAUCGGCUCGCCGGCCCCGACCAGCAUCGGGUCGCAAUGCAAGCCGUCGCCGAGUGAAGCUAAGCGGGUCGCUGUUCCUAUCGAAUGAUGGUAAGAGCAAGUUCUACCCUGACGGCGGCCGCGAACGACGGUCAACGGCCCCCCGUGGUGUGGGGCGUCCGAAACGGAGGGUCAUUCGGCUGCUUCGGAGGACCAGGUCGCGGGAGGAGCGACCACCACCGAUGCCCGCACCCGUCUCAUCCGCUAGAUACUACAACAACACAUUCUACGCAAACGAAAAUAAAUUCAAUAUGGAGAAGCCAGGGGAUGACGAUAGUAAUUAUGGCAGUGAAGCCCCACCCAAUCUUCAAAUGGCAAUGAUGAGAACUUAUAUCACAUGCUUUGCCAUCGGACUCUUGCUGGUCCUCUUCGUUACGGCAAUUGUUGUACCUGUGGUCAUUAUCGCUAGUACAUCGACGGGACCGACAGUGACGGGUUAUAUGAUCAUAAGAACUGGCUUCACGUCGGUCUUGGAUGACACUUCUUCUGCUCAAUACACCACCCUGAAAACGGACUUCGAAUCAGCAAUGAAUCAAAUCUUUCGAAACAGCGCCAUCUACGUCGACGACUUUAAAGAGAGCACCGUCACCGAUUUUGCCGCUUCUGAAACAACAACCACCACCCAAGUUGAUUUCAGCGUAGUCUUCAAUUCAGACGUUGUGAUUACUCGUUUGUUAAGAAAUAGUGUGUUUAAGUUCAUCACGGAGGAGACUUUGAGGGCGGGGUCGCCAUUUGCACCGCUCGAUGUUGUACCGAGCACACUGAAUAUAGCAGACAGCUGUAGUGUCUAUUGUGAAAAUAAUGGAGUUUUGUCGGUGAUCUCCUGUACAUGCACAUGCGCAACAGGCUUCACUGGUGCAACAUGCACAACAACUCUAUAAUUCCUACUGGAUCUCGAGUUUGUCAAGAACUAAUAAAACCCUGCAUAUGAACCUGGCACAAAUUUAAGAUAUAUUGCACUGUUGCCAAGCGGGGGCUACUGUCUGCUGGUGUGAUGUGGCUGGAGACUAUAUCCCUUUAGCCCCUU